AUGAGGUACUGGGUGGAGAUACCAGUACGAGCUCAACCACUCAGGUGUGUCAGCACUGACAGUGAGAACGGGGCUGUGGACAGGCUGGUCGUUGGCUGUGUUCCUGGAUCAGUGUUCCGGUCCUGGAUCAGUGUUCUGGUCCUCCAUGUCCCAGGGGAUGAAGCGUCCUGGUUGCUGCUCUGCUUCCUCUUCCUGUUGGGGGCGGUGUCUCUGCUGUUGCUGUUUCACAUGAAGACCCUCAACGACAUCAUCAGACACCUGAGACCAGCAGGUCUGAAGAUACGGCUGGCUGCAGAAAAGGAGGAGUCAGACCAUCAACCAGCUGGGAUCCAGUCUCUGGUCUUGUCUCUGAUGAAUGACAGCUCCACGCCACCUGUCACUGAACCUCGAGGUAACACCUCAGCUUUCAACAUCACCCCUGCUGAGGAGGAAGAGGAACUACAGCAGCAGAUGGCAGUACAAGAGCAUAGGCGCCGUCACCUGACCAAAGUCUGCUCUGAGUUCUUUCCUGGUUCCUGGAAGAAGGCCGUUAAGACAAAGCACAUCAUUAGGAUCCUGGUGGAGGAACGGUUCAGGAUUCUGUACUGUAUAGUCCCCAAAGCCGGCUGCUCCAACUGGAAACGGGUCCUGAUGGUUUUGGCAGGUAAAGAAACCUCCAUUGACAUCAGUCACAAGAGAGCGCACUUCCACAACAACCUGAAGGGGCUGAAGGCCUACAGCUCCAGAGAGGUCAGAGAGAAGCUGAAAACCUUCAACAAGGUCCUGUUUGUCAGGGAACCUUUCCAGCGUCUGGUGUCAGCCUACCGAGACAAGUUUGAGAACCCUGAGACCCACUACCACAGGCACUUUGGACGGUCUAUCAUCGCCAGGUACAGAGCCAACCCCUCCAGGGAGGCCCUGUCCACCGGAGACGGGGUCACCUUCAGGGAGUUUGUUCAUUACCUCCUGGACUCCAGUCGUCCAGUAGGCAGAGACGUCCACUGGGAGCCAAUCAGCAGCCUGUGUCACCCGUGUGUGGUCCACUACGACUUCAUCGGCAGGUUUGAGAACAUGAACAACGAAGCCAACAUCCUGCUGAGGAGUAUGGGAGCCCCACCCACUGUCAGAUACCCGGACUACAAGGACCGGAACCCUCAUGACGAGAGGACGUCCACCAUCAUCGCCAGGAAAUAUUUCUCCCAGUUGAAUGCCACCGAGAUUCAGGCAGUCUAUGAGUUCUACCGCAUGGACUACCUGAUGUUUGACUACCCUAAGCCCUUCCCAGACCUGGUCUGA